AUGGGACGAAGGAAGCCCAAAUGGAAGCCUACUCAAAAGAAGAUGACAGGCACCCUGGAGACCCAGUUCACCUGCCCUUUCUGCAACCACCAGAAGUCCUGUGAUGUGAAAAUGGACCGUGCUCGAAAGAUUGCAGUCAUCUCCUGUAUUGUGUGCCUAGACGAAUUCCACACCCCCAUCACACACCUGUCAGAACCAGUGGAUGUGUACAAUGACUGGAUAGAUGCCUGUGAGGCAGCCAAUCAGUAG